AUGACAACACCAACUGGAAAAAAGCGAAUGGAUCAAGUUGCAAUUGGUGAUUUGGUUCUGACUGGCAAUUUGACCGCAACGUAUUACACUCCAAUUAUAUCAUGGAUGCAUCGUGAGCCGGACAAUCGCUACAACUUUCAUACAAUUAUGACAGAGUACGGAAAAAUGUUGGCAGUCUCGGCGAAACACUUGAUUUAUCGAAAUCUGUGUGAUGAAAACUACGCUGAGUAUGUGCGAUAUCUUCCCAAAGGGCGCAAUGUGGUUUUUGCUGAGGAACUGAAAGUCGGAGACUGUCUUGUUCUUCUUUAUAAGGGAAAAUAUCGGCAACAACGGGUUAUGCGCAUUUCCAUCACUGAACGUAAAGGAAUAUUCGCUCCAAUCACAGAGAAUGGAAGGAUAAUUGUGAACGACAUUGUUGCCUCGGUGUAUAGCGGAAUAAAGCAUACCCGUUUGCAAGGGCAGUAUUACUCCACAGUAGCUUAUAUUCAAAGUUGGUUGCGGUUGUUUGGAGAUUCAGUGUUUCAUACGACUGCAAUCCCAGUUGGAUCUUCUUUGGCUUCAGAUUUGCUCCGUUUGGUUGUACCGUGA